GUGGUGUGUAACUUCCGAUGUGUUCGUACACUAACCGCAUGUUUCAACCAGGCCAACAGCUCGAUUCCUUUCUGGCGUUUUGUUCUUUUUUCUCCAUGUUUGCUCGAGCAGGAUGUCUUCCCAGGGUGGCAUGGACCGGCUGCCGAAGAAUGGGGAAUUUCACAUCCUCCAGUCCUGGGGUGUCCGGCACAACCUGUGCUCAGUAUGUUCAGGAGGUGGUGUCACAGAACUGCGUUGUGAUAUUUUCCAAGACCACCUGUCCUUAUUGCAAAAUGGCCAAGAAUGUGUUCAAUGAAAUUGGUGCGACCUACAAAGUGAUUGAACUGGAUGAGCACAAUGACGGGAGGAGACUGCAAGAGGCCUUAGCUGAGAUGACUGGUGCCAGAACGGUGCCAAGAGUCUUCAUUAACGGGAACUGCAUCGGGGGUGGCUCCGAUACCAAACAGCUCCAUCAGCAGGGAAGGUUGUUGCCCCUGAUCGAACAGUGUGCUCCCUGCUGCGCUGCGACCGGCUCCGAGGGCUCGGGCAGCGGACAGUUCGAGUCCACUAAAUGACUAACCGUUCUUGUAGUGUUUUUCAAUCCUGUAUUAAUUAAAUAUUUGCUUGAUCUCAUGCUACACGUCGUACAUUGGUUGAACACCACUAUGCUAUUUAUUUCUCAAUGUGUAUUGGAUACUUGAUGUUAGGCUACAUACAAUUUCAUCCAGGGAUGUACAGUAUUAUUAUUAUUAAAGCUGCCAUGUUGUAAACAAACCCUGUGAAUAAUGGCACUGCUUCUCAUACCUCUCUUCUGCAUGGUGGUUUUAUUGUACAAUAUUACAGUCAUUAAAAAGCACGAUCUAAGCGUCAUCGGUGAACAUCAUCAGGUCAUGAAGUAUCGACAGUUUGAUUCAAUGCCCGUCUUCUUUUAAUGAGUUUAUUUGAGGUCUUUCUCCAUAUCUUGUAAGAACUACAGAUUUUUGUAAGAACUAGCACAUUUUACUGUUCUAAGUAUUUCAACAUCACAGCCUACUGAGAAAUGUGAAAAAUAUAACAAUUUUAUAUUUUUUUACUUGGUUGUAGCAUUUUAUAUGUGUAUCUUUUAGCAGUAGCUGUUUUUGUGAACUGGUAUGUAUUAUAUAUUAUGUGGGUAGUUGGUUUAUUAGUGUAUGAACAAUCAUGAUGCUGUUCAGUGUUUCAGUGUAGAUUUAUUGGCGUAUGUGUGAAGUUAUAUCCACUCUUAAACGAUUUAUAAAUGCCUUGAAUGUAUAUGAUUAUUAAUAAAUAUGAAUGAAAGUCUA